GCGGCAGAGGAAACCUUAAGGUGGCCUCUCUCUUUGUCAACCUCUUCUCUGCCCUCUUGUCCUCGGGAAAGCUACGGUGGCGAAUUAGGUCAGGCGAUCGACGCCCUUUCUUUCUUUGCCAUUGAUCAGACCCGUUUUCAAUUGAUUGUUCUUCUUGCUUGCCGGAUUUUAUGCUUGUUCAUGAUGGUGUUUGUUCUUGCCGUUUCCUUGAAAGAUCUUGAUCCAGUCAUCUUUCUUGCUGUUGUUUGAUCGCCUUCCAUUAAUGAGUUAGUAGUGUUCUUUGGGACGUUCGUUGCCUUCGAUGAAUUCUUGAUCUGAUUCUUGUGGUUCCAGCUGAAUGGACUUUUUUAGACGAUAGAUUUGGGAGAUUUUACAUCUAAUUAUCGUCGAUUGACGCUUAGAGCAUUUUUUCUAUGUGUCAGUGGAUGAUGUAUGGCCAAAGUAGGCCACCUCUGUUAUCUGAUUGUUGAGAAAUUCUUGUUUUUCUUGUUUAGUUAUAAGUUCUGGACAUGUUUUAGGUAUGAUUGAACUUAAGGUUUGAGGUAGAUUAAUUCUAGGGCAUGGUUCUUAACUUUAAGAACUGUUUAAGAUAUGAAUAUGACUUAAUUAUAUCGCAUGCACUUCAACUAUGUGUAAUUAAAUAUUAAGCUAUUUAUAUGUCACAGUCUGUAGGAUAAAAAUUGGGAUUGCUGGUCAUCUGGUGAUGUAUCUUCUAGAGCUAUUGCUUGCAUCAUCAAGAGUCAUGUAGCUGAGUUUUUAUAAGUAUGUGUCAUGUAGAUGAGAGUCAUGUUCAUAUGAGUCAUGUAGAUGAGAGUCAUGUGCAUACAAUCAGGUGAAACUGUAGAUUUAUGUAAAAGUGGAAUUCUUAGAUCCUUGAAGAACUUGCAGUUCUCAUACAAUCAGGUGAAGUUGUUGAAUCUAGGCCUAGGAGGUUAGUUCAUUUUACAACUCUACAAAUUGCAGAAUUUUUAUUCGGCCUUCAACUUUAUUGCUUUUGGACUAUGUGGUUAAGCUCUUUACAAGUGAGUUUUAGGCUUUAUGUUUCUCGGAUAAUGAUGAAUGGUAUGGUAGCUACCUCUAUGGACCUCUUUGUGUGGAAUAACAUGUCUCAAGAUAUUGAUGUUGUGCCUCAGGUUGAACCUACUUUGGUAUUAUACACCUAGAAAUGUGAUUAAAUACCAUGCAGUAACAAGCACAUGAAGCCUUAUACCUAGGGCAAUAGUGGUAUAGACAAGUAUCUUGCCAAGAUUGAGUUCCACAUGAUCUUUUAUUUAUAGAAAGAAUGUUAAAGGUACCUGGAUGAUGCAUUAUAAUACAUAUAAACUAUUGUUUGGCAGAUAUGGUAUCCAGGAAAUUGGAAAAGCAGCAACAGUACCUAAUGCAUGGAAGACCAAAAUCUAGAAAAUUCUUGAUAGUAGUGUUAGGAUACAAGUAUCAAUUAUUAGUAGGCCAUGUAAAGCUGGUUUAAGUCAAAAAUUUUUGGAACUCGACUGGAUAAUUUGUUGAUGCGUGUUAUCAUUAUCUAUCGUUGAAUGUCCCUCUAAAUUGUUCACAACUUCUUCUUUUUAUGAUUGUAUCAAUUUCCUUGCUUCCUUCUUUCUGAUUAUCUAUCUAGUAUCUUACCUUAAUUAUCUGCAUAGUAUGCAAUGUUUUGCAUGUGAAAAUUAAGUGUUGUGAUUUUGAUCUUUUCCUCUUUAAUGGAUUGGGAAACAGGGACCAUAAACACCAUUCAUUUAAUCAGUAUUAAUUGUGGAACUUCUCUUCUAUUGGCUUGUUAUAUAUACCAUGCUCGUUAAUAUAUGUGCUUUUACAAGAAGCCAAUAGAACAGAAUUCCACAGCUAAUACUAGUGGCUGACCAGUCCUGCAUUGAGGGAAAAAUAUUUUGUGUCCAGUUCCAUUGUCUGACAUUAUUGUUAGUGUCUAUCUACUUGUGUUUCCUCGUGCAAAGAUGGCAUUGCAGAACAUUGGUGCUUCAAACAUCGAUGAUGCCUUCUAUCAGUUUAAUGUGCCCAAGAUGAUAACUAAAGUAGAAGGUUGUGGGAAUGACAUCAAGACAAACAUUUUGAACAUGGUGGACAUUGCAAAUGCCUUGCACCGACUAGCUUCUGACACUACCAAGUAUGUUGGCUGUGAGCUUCGUGCUCAAUCCAAGUUCGAUGAAAAGACUGGUGCUUAGCUUGUUAACGGAGCUCAUGACACUGCCAAAUUAGCUGGAUUACUAGAGAACUUUAUCAAAGAGUAUGUACUGUGUUAUGGAUCUGGUAAUCCUGUGACUGCACAUGCUUUUUGAUAAUGUGCACAUUCCACUGGUAAUGUGCCUGAGAAGGAAGAGAAGAAAGCAAAAUCAAGAGUGGAAAGUGGGAGCUGCAAAAGCAGGAACUGAAGCAAAGGAGACACCUAGCACUAUUGAGCAGAUGAUUGUAGAGAUCAAAGGUACACUGAAGAAGGGAUCCAAACCUAGUGAGCUUGGCUCCUUUCUGGGCUCUGGAUGCACUGAGGAAGUUGCUUUGGUAGCUAAAUCUCUUUAUGAUGAAGAUGGUUUGGAAGAAGAUUACAUAGUGCAGUGGUACAAAGAUGGUCGAAUGCUGAGUCAGAGGUAGAAGAGGAGUAAUAAUAGUUUCUAUCACGUAUAUUAGUACUUUAAUCAUCUCAUUUCCUGCCAGAACUAGUAUCGAUCUGUGUGAUGCCUAUUUCAUCCCUUUGCGAGUUUUAAACUUGGUCAUGUACCAGUACUAUUGUGUUUGACUUGGUUCUUAUCGAAAUAAAGAAGUUAUAUUGUGGUUGGUA